AUGGAAUCACUCAAAGAUCAUAUUCGCACCAUGGAAUUUGAACCUUAUAAACCCAAAUGUGUCGAACUUAUUAAACAUAUUGACUGGGAUGAUUAUGAUAAAGAGCGACAUGAUCCACUUAAAGAUUUAAACGAAAACGAUGAAUUAGAAUUCGUCAUUGAUGAAGCAGCAUCUAACCAUGCAAAUGGAAUUCAACAAAUAAAUUACAAUGACCUGGAUCAAGUCCAACAAGCAACUUUCUUACCAGAUCUGUAUAAUCAACUUCUUCAUGCAUCUUAA